UUUCUCCUCCUCUAAACCCUUAUAGCCAAGAAAGAGAGGGAGAAAAAAAAAACAACACAUACACACCCAAAGAGCGUUUUGUUCAAAGCCAAAAGCUUUUGUCAAAGAAACCCAUAUCAAAAGAUAACUAAUUUUCGGGCGAAAACCCGAAUUCCAAUUACAUCAAAAGCAAUGGAUUUCGAAAACUCGGGAUUCAGCGAAGCAGGAGAAUCGGGUUGGACGACGUACUUAGACUAUUCUUCGAGUUCAAUUCACCGUUUCGAUAGUUUCAUCAAUGGAGGAAGAAAUCUUGCUGGAGAUGAUGAAUAUGAAGUGGAUCUAUCCAUGGUUUCCGACGCUUCCUCGGGUCCAAGAUUUUACUGCGAAGACGUAGAAGAGUUCCUCCAAGAAGACGUGUACUGCUCCAAGAACAAGAACAAGAAGGAACAUGAGGGACAACAACAUAGGAGGAGGUUUUAUUCUUGUCUUGACGACACCGCAAGCUCUUUGGUAUACUAUACGCGUGUGUGUGUGUGUGUGUAUAUAUCCUUCAAAUUCUUGAUAACUUUGGUCUUUGUAAUGAGUACCCAUUUGGUUAUAAUUAACCUCACGUGUUUAGUAUGCCAAGAACAUUCAUGGGCUCAGAAACGAAGUUUCGAGGCAGCAAGCGGAGGAAUUUUCACAGAGAACGUUCAAGGAGAAUCCGGCAGCGAACGUGAACUUGGAUUUCUUCCAAGCAUCACGUAAUGGGAAGUUGGCUUUGGACCAUCUUCAAGGUACAAACGACAAGCGGAAGAGAAGAGGUGCAAAAUGAUUUAUUGUUGAUUACUAUGGGCUUCGGUUUGUAAACAAAAAAGAAAAAAGAAAAGAAAUGAUGAGUUUUUUUCUUUGCUAAUUAAUUGUGAUGUUAAU